UUCUGAUUGGGGGCUGGGCUAGUAAGUACCGCAACAUUUAAACCUCUCAUUCAAUGCUGCCGAUCUAGCCAUAGAUCUGGUGGUAUUUGAUCUUUGUAUAGUGAAAUGUUCACCGAAAACAAUACUGUACGGUACCGCCAAUAACUCCUACAAGAAGAAGAAUUGUAUGCGGUAUUUGCACAGUUUAGUAUAGUGUGUAUAAUUUGACAUCAUUUGAUUCCGUAAAGUUUUGCGGUUGUAGCUGCAUUUCAGCAACAGGUUGUGGGUGUGUCGUUGCACGGAGGACCGUCCCCUUGUCAGCCGAAGGGGGCGGACAGGCUGACGGUGGCUCUUCUGGGACCGCACCCCACCGGCCUACAGCACCUUCCAGUACAAAGCAGGAGCCAAGUUGUCGCUGCUUGGUCGGACUCGGAUCCGCGACGCCGUUCUCGCUGCGAUCGGGGAGCGUGUGAAGCGGCCUGGACAGAUCAGCGUCGGGGCGCCGCAGCAGCUCGCGCUUUGCGCCCAUGUGUGCGCGCUGCCCGUCGCGUGACAUUCACGCGCGUUCGGUGAGCGCGUCCGGAUCCCGUGUAGAGAUCGCACCUAUCUGACGUGUAAAUGUUUCAAGGCAUGGGAAUUGUUAAAUUUAUCUGAAGGACUGGAGCUUCAGUAAGUUUGCUUUCUGCAUUGAGUCCCUGACGCUUUUCCCGGAACCAUGGGCAAUGGGCUUUCAGAACACAGCAUUUUUUCGAAUCUUCAGUUUCAUUCUCUUCACAUCGCCAUUCUGGGGCUCGACUGUGCUGGGAAAACCACAGUGUUGUACAGGCUGCAGUUCAACGAAUUUUUGAACACUGUGCCCACAAAGGGAUUUAACGCGGAAAAGGUGAAAGUGACACUGGGAAGGUCCAGAUCGGUGACAUUCCACUUCUGGGACGUAGGUGGGCAGGAGAAGCUCCGUCCCUUGUGGAAGUCGUACACGCGGGGCACAGAUGGCAUCGUCUUUGUGGUGGACUCGGUGGACGCAGAGCGCAUGGAGGAGGCCAGGACGGAGCUGCACAAGAUCACCCGCCUUUCAGAGAACCAGGGUAUACCAGUGCUGGUGGUGGCCAACAAGCAGGAUCUGAGGAACUCGCUUGCACUGUCAGAGAUCGAGAAGAUGCUGGCUCUGGGUGAGCUGGGGGCUACCCCCUGGUGCCUGCAGCCCACGUGUGCCAUCAUUGGCGAGGGCCUGAAAGAGGGCUUGGACCGCUUGUACGAAAUGAUCCUCAAGCGGCGGAAGUCGCUUCGGCAACAGACAAGGAAGAGGUGAUCCUGCAGUCGGGCGACAACGAGCAGAGCUCCUCACUCGCAACACGCGGCCUGCCCCCUGCUGGGCGGUCCGGGAGUUACUGUGCGGUCAGCUCGGCUUGACCAGAGAACGCUGAAUGUCACCUGAACUUAGGCUCUUGUCCUGAGUGGAAUCUUUUUAGGUCCAUUUGGACUGACAUUAAGUCUGUUAUGGCAGAAGCUCGAGAGGAGGGGCAAGAAUGGUCAGUUUCUCAUGAGUCAGGGGGUGUUUCUUUUAAAAUAAAAGAAACAUGAAUGUGAAUUAAUUUGAAAGAAAUGUCACAAUGCAACCACUUUCUCCUGAAGAAGAACUUAGGUUUUAUAUAAAACUGACAGUGGCAUGAUUAGUGUUAGUUGACAUCCUUUCAAUCUAUAAGUAGGUGGCGUCCUGGGUAUCCUGUGAAAGAAAUGUUACAUUUCCAGGUUUUGUGCUUUUAUGUUUUCUUUUUCUUUUGUACAAUGGGGCACGAGGCGCCAUUGCUUCUGUAAAUGUGAUGCUCUUCUCAUUUUGGGUCACAAGCAGAACUUUGGGACAGGCUGAAGUAUUACACAACAUAGUUUCAUUCUACGACUUGUUUCUUUUCUGGAAUGAAAAUAAAUUGACACGUGGUGGUCAGUAGAUUGCAACCGGCAAUCUUCAUACUAUCGGUUACUUACACAGCGUGUAAGGAGAGACGUCCUUGUUCUUCAGUUUAAUUGUGGAGUCACACCAUGGUGUUGUCUUCUUGCAGCUGUCAUGUUUUUCUGUAUUCUGUCAUUUUCUUGUAAAUAAAGAAUCAGCGUGUAGCUGCUUCGAAUGAAACUCGCUCUCUUUUACAUUGCAGUCAUUUGCACUGUGGCCAUCUGAUCAUCGGAAGAAAAAUGUUUACUAUUUAGCUCUGAAAUUUAAUUAAUAAAAAGAACUUUACACCUAAA